AUUUAAAGCUAAUAUGGCGGCCACGUCGCCUAGUAUCCCUCAGCUUUUUACGGAAUUGGACAAGUUUGCAAAGGACGGAAACUACGUCAAGGCGCAGAAAAUUGCGAAUAAGAGUAAGAUAAAAGAAAUAGGCAUCAUUUAUUGAUUUUAUUUCUCAUUUGAAUUAACUUUUAGCCGGUUAUUUUCAUUUAACUCAGUUCUCCAAGAGAAGCCUGAUGACAAAGAGGCAUUUCACUGUAAAGUUAUUUGUCUUAUCCAUCAGUCAUGCUUUCGUGAAGCAGUGGACGUUAUCAGAUCAGCAUCAAACAAAGGGUAGGUAUAAUAGAUGAUAGCAUUUAACCUCGUUAUUGGUUUUUAUGAUUACAACUAUGUUAUAUUUUUUGCCACAAACAAAUUGGUAAUGAUGUCCUUUUGUGUGAAUAGAAUCAUUAGGUAAAUUUUUAGCUUAGUACAGAAAUAGAGGAAGGUUUUUUUUCGUCUUGCCACGAGUGUGGGAUAACGACAAAAAUUUUGAGUACGAUUUUGCAUCAAAUUGGUAAUGAUGUCCUUUUGUGUGAAUAGAAUCAUUAGGUAAAUUUUUAGCUUGGUACAGAAAUAGAGGAAGGUUUUUUUGUCUUGCCAUGAGUGUGGGAUAACGACAAAAAUUUGGAGUGCAAUUCAUCAUCAAACUUGUGACAAGAUGAAAAAACAUAUUUCUUUUAUGUGCUUUUUACUCUCCCAAUGAGGAAUUUAAUUAAAUAUUUAGUUUACGAAGACCAUAAAUGCAACUAGUGUUAGCACUGUGAGUAAUGCGUUCAAGGUGAUGUAGCAUAGGCACUAAAAUUUUAAGUCUUAGAUAUUUAGUGAGCAUUGUAUUGAAAAUAAAUCGGCAUCUUUUUUCUGUAUUAGUAUAUAGUAUAUAAAAAAAACACACCAUUAACACAAAAAUUUUGUUAAAAGUGUUAGUUUGUUUUUGUAUGUAGCAUUAGGGUUGUUAGUAGAGUAUGGUAUUGUAAUAAUGCAGUUUAUUAUAAGUACAUAUAGCACAUCCUAUUAAAUAGAGUUUGAAAAAAGUUAUGAACACCAAGGGUAUAGGUGCUUUAUCAACUGAAUGUAAGAUUAUGUACAUGCUGUGUUUCAAUUGUAUCUUUGGUUGAAGGGCUUAUUAUCCUAUAUUUUUGGAAAAUAUUUUGUAUUGAUUAUAAAACAAAAGAUGAAUUGGAUUACUAGGUAUAUAUUCAGAGGGUAAAGCUUACUUAGUAAAAAGAAACCUUUUUGAAAUGGAAUAUAACCAAGAUUGACAUAAUGUUGUUAGUCUUCUGCCUCAUUGUUGUCAUAAAUUUUAACCCUUGCCAGGAUAGACAUUGAACUUCGUUUUGAAAAGGCUUACUGUCUGUAUCGUCUCAACAAAACUCAAGAGGCUCUGGAUAUUCUCGAUGCCAUUGCUGAACCAACACAAGCUGAGAAGGAAUUGAAGGCUCAAAUAGUGAGUAGCAUAUUUUAAAUAAAAAAGAGAAACCUUUUUCUUUCCUUAUCAAUUCAAACAAAAUAUUGUAAUCUUUUAUACUAACACUUCUUCUCAAACAGUACAAUAAAAGAAGUUUUGUUGCAAUCUUCCUUGCUACAGCUCUAUAGGCUUGAAGAUUAUAGGACUUGUUUGGAUCUUUACAAAGAUUUAAUCAAGAAUUCUCAGGUAAACACCACUUGGUCUAAAGGUUAUCACCAACUUAAAAUAUUUACAAGGCAAAAUUUUUCAAGAUGCUCAAUGCCUGUUAUCUAUUUAGGCUGCAUGACAGCCUAGCGUUGUUAAAAAGAUUUUGAGUACCCAGACUGUGAUACAAAGUAGGCCGCACAAUGUUUUGCUUCCAUGCUGAAAAUUGGGCACAAACAUUUGAAAUAACCACCCUGUUUUUCAUAGUUAAACAGUGAUAUACACCAGUUGCCUGUCUAUUUUGACAACCCUUACACCAUUUAGUAAGCUACAUAAUUAUACAGCUAAAUAAUUACAAAUUGAACUUUUUCUGUUCAUGAUCACGAGUUCUUAUAUUCUGAGUCAAACCUUUCAAAUUUUUGUAGGAUCUUCAUUUUGAGAAACAAUUUACUUUUGAUUUCUGAUUAUUUCCAUUGUCACUUAUAAAAAAAUGCUCUAUAGGAUGAGUAUGGAGAUGAAAGAGAAACUAACCUUGCUGCUGUUAUUGCUGCCGCAUCACAGUGGGGAGGACUUCAAAUGGUAUAUGUCUGAUCUGAUCUUGCAGAACUACUGGGCCUAGUUGUAUAGGGGGUGGAUAACACUAUCCAAAAGAUAAAUUGCUAUCUAGCAGAUAAACAAUAACAAAGCAUACUGUGCUAGCCACUGGACAGAGAUUAAUCCAGCAGAUAGUGUUAUCUAGCCUUUAAACAACUAGGGCCAGGUGCACAUGUAGCUCUUACUACAUGUAACUUUUGCUUCAUUCUUGGUGAGGAUUCAAUCCUGAUCAAAAGGCAAAAUAUUUAUUGUGGGUGUUUUAAAGUCAGAACCAUUGAACAAUCAGCAUUUCUAAGAGACAGAUUUUAUUUUUGGAAUAGAAAAUAGUAACUUGAGGAAUUGCGUGUUUUAGAAACUUUCUAUCCAAUCUUGAAAUCUCGUCAGUAUUUGCAAUGAGUGCUGAAGUACUGUUUAAAGUGUAUUUGUAUUUUAUAUCAGUGUGGGAGUCCCUUAUUUCUUUCCAAGGUUUCAAAGUCCAGGAUUUGCUCUCAUAACCAAGGGUCUCAGCUCAAGGUUGCUCAGCUUAGAGAUAUUAUGAGUGACAUAUGUUUGUGUCUGAUUGCUAUCAAUUGAAAAUAUUGCCAUGUGGUUAUGACUUAAAGAAAUGUAAAAGAAAGAAUGAAAACUUUAAUGCAACAUUUUCUUGUUGCUAAUGGUAUGUUGCAACAAUCUUUGUUGAGCAAUCAUGGUAAGUCGAUAAAAGGUUCUGUGGCUGAAAUUGUUGAGGGACUCAGUCUCUAACUUUCAAAAGAAGAUCUCUAACCAUCUACUACCUCUUUGCUACAUCAUUAUCAAUCUAUGAAAUAAACUUUGUGAACUUCAUUGUUUAUUAGUUCAACUUAUUAUUUUCAGGAAGUCCCAGGUUUGAGAGAAGACACUUAUGAGCUGUGUUACAAUGCAGCAUGCCUUUCUCUAGGUCAGAAUGAUGUAGAAGCUGCUCAGCAAAAGCUUAAAAGGGCAGAAGGUAUCUGUUGAUUUUCAUUCUUUGAUACAUGAAGCCUGGUUUCCACAUGGUCUUUGUAAUGGCAAAGAUCACUUAGUGAAUGUUUAGAGACAUAAGGCCAGCUGUCCACAUGGUUUUUGAUUGUAAAGAUCCCUGAGUGGAUGUUAAGAAAUUAUGGACAUUGAAGUAGUCACCCAGUGGGUAAAACAAGUGUAUAAUUAUGUAUUCAUCAUUAUCAUUGUCAGUGACUCCUGAGAAUUGGUUUUCAUGUGAUCCUUUGUGUCCAAUGAUGGCCUUAUGUUGGAGGGGAGGGGGCGUGUAUCAGGUUUGCCCUCUCCAGUUUAAUAUCAAUUUUAUAUGACUUUCAUAUGCUAAUUUGUUUUUUUCAGAGCUGUGUCAAAAAAGCCUUGAAGAUGAUCCUGUAAGUCUUUAUCAUAAAUACAGAGUGAACUAUUGCAGAAGCAGGAGUGUCAUAACUAUUUUGUCUGUGACAUGUAGAUUUAGGAUUGUGAGGAAGAAGUAAAGCAAUUUGUGGAAUGUGUGGUUUUGAUAACUUAGUCAAGGGUUCAGACUUGGACUAUCACAUUCUCAAAGAGUUUGUUCCACUAAAACGGUACAUGUAUAACAAAAUGAAGUAUUUUUCUCAUAAAAGAUCCAGGAUUCCUCACUGAAGUUAAAAUCUGCUUGCUUUAAGGACAUUGCUGAGGAAGAGAUUGAAUCUGAGAUGGGAGUUGUCAGGACCCAGCUUGCGUACACUUAUCAGCUCCAGGGAAAGAAUGAUGAUGCACAGAAAUUGUACAAUCAAGUUCUUAAAUCAAAGUAUGUACUAUGUCUUUAACUUGUGGAAAAUUCUAUAUAGCUUAGAAUGGCAAGUUCAAAGAAUGGCGUGCAAUUCAAUUAUUAGCCAGGCGAGUAAUUUCAAAUUGGUUCAGACCAUAGCAGGAAGAUGAUUUGAAAUUAUUGGCUUGAUUUCUUUUGAAUUGUUUGACAUGAAGCCCUACUAUUAUCCAACUCCAGCAAUAAGGUGCAAAUCAAAUACAGAUGUCAGGAAAUAUUGUAUGGUUUUUCAAACAGUUGGUUAUUUUGUAUAAUUGUAAAAAAACCUAAGUAUUUAAAAAAACCUGUUACAAACCACUUCUCUAUUUAUUUGCUUCAUUUUUCCUGCCUGAUAAAGAAUGCUUAUGAAAUAGAGUGGCUUGAUAAUAAAUAACUUGUAAGACAUUUUGGUGUUUGGUAUUGCUGAGUAUUUUUUACUUGUUGCUUGUAAACUAUACUCAGCAGUACAUCAUGCUAAAACAGUGUUUAAUAAUGUAAAAGAUAUAUUCAUCAGAUAAGAAUAUUUGAUACAGUCACAAUUUAAAGUCCUACAUCUGUUCAGGGCGUGGAAUUGAUUUUUUUUUCUGAUAGCCACUUGGCUCCUAAAUUAUUCAAAGUGGUAGCCAAUUCAAAAAAGUUGGUCACCAUUUUCAAAGACAAACAAACCCUUUUUUUUACACUGUCAUCAUUCUAGAAAUUAAGUUAGGGAAAAGAUCUUUAACGUGCUACAAAGUGGACAAUAGAAUGGAUGAUAUGCAACGUUCAAGCUCACCUAAAUCCAUCCUAAAUCUAGUUAUCAAUUGAGAUGCAUGUGCUGCGUUUUGGAAACAAACUUAAUGAGGAAGUUUGCCGCGGAUUUAUCUUUGCAAAUCUUUUUAAUUUACUAUAUUUCUAAGUAAGGUUAUGAUGAAACAUUCUAGUCACCAAUUUGGCGACUAAUUUUCAGGAUUUGGUCGCCAAAGUAAAAAAUUUAGUCGCAUUGGCGCCUGUAUUAGGCGCAAUUUCACGCCCUGCUGUUUAAAGCUGGAUUAAAAAUAAUGCACUUUUAUCGUGUGCAACUCUUUUGUUUUCCUGAGAAGGAAACCAUACUCUAUUGAGUUGUAAUUUUCAUUUGCUUUUGCUUCCAAGAGGUUGCUAACUCAAGAAGCUGCUCACUAAAGAUAAUUUAAGAAUUUCUCAAUUAGUUUCAAAUUUGAUUGGUCAGCAUUCAUUCCAAUGUUCACAUCUCAAUGUUGCUCCUUGAUUUUGAUUGGCUGUUGAACUCUCUGAUUUGACCUGCAUAAUUAUAAGCUGCUGGUUUUUUGGACAGGUUUUGCAUCAGCUUAAUCCAGCAAUAAUUUUAGGCUGCCAAGAGUUGAUGGGAUUCAUGUAUUUUGUUAUUGACUCAAUUAAAACAGUGAUAGAAUUAGGCCUCUGUUGUUCUUUCAUUGAUAGAACUUAAAAAUAUGAAUCAUUCUGAUAAUCUUUUUUCCUUCUAAAUUUUGCACAGGCCUGAUGACCUUGCCUUAGCAGCUGUUGCCUCCAAUAAUAUCAUCACUCUUAACAGGGUAGGCAGUCUAUAUGUUCUUUACACCGUCUGUCCUUUUCACCAAUCAACAUUUAUUUCAUCGUUUGAAUGUUAGUGCAAGGCAGGUACCUUUUUAGCUGACUUGGUGAUGAUAGAAAGCAGAUUGAUCAAUCACCUAUUUAGCCCAUUUACAGAAGUGAUUAACAAGUUACUUCUCCCAAUAAUAUCUAUACAUUAUCCAGCAAACAGAUAAUGAGAAUACUUAUUUCUGUUGUCUUGAUCUAACACCAAAUUCUUAUAACUAACUUACAAGGAAAUGUGUAGCAGCUAGAGGGGUGUACUAACAAUCAGAUCUUGGAAGUUGAGUGGUUAGACCAAAUUUUAAUACAAGUAUAUGUUGAUUUAAAUCUACAUGUAUUCACACAAUAAGGUACUUUCUUUAAUAGAUAAUAUACAUGUUUUCAAAAGAAUAUAAUUAUGUAGGAGAAGAAUGUAAAUAUUGGGGAUACAAUACCUGCCUGAGAUGAAAACUGGCUAUCCCAAAUAACCACUUCUGGUGCUCCACAUAUCAGAUAUUGUGUAUAUACUUAGGUAAAGUAGAUGCUUUUUUGCAGAGAAGAUUGAAGAUGUUUGUCUAUUUCGUUAAAUUGUUAGGACCGAGAUGUGUUUGACUCAAAGAAGAAAGUUAAGUCAAUGACUGCAGAUGGACUGGAACACAAAUCCACUGCAUCACAACAGCGAACAAUGGCAUUUAACAGAUGCCUCUUGCUCUUCUACACAAAUCAGGUAAUUCUAGUUGAAUAUUUAUUCUUAAAGUUCCACUGACCCUAAGAAAUUGGGCUCUUCAUGAUUUGAGAAAGUGAAGGGUGGUAAAUGCUGUUCGGAAACUCAGGGGUCUUGCAAACUUUUUACAGUACGUAGUCUCAAAUCUUGUAAUUCUUCAAUACAGUCUUAAUUUUGAGAUGCCUUUAAUUUUGGUCUCAAAUUGUUGCAGUUUUGUCAAAGGUUGUAGGUAGAGUAGGCUAAAGUCAACAUUUUGACUGACAAACUGUGUAAUAUGCAAUUCAAGAAAAAGCAUGUCACAUAAACAAGUAUUUUUAAAAGUAUAACUGUACAACUCUGUGGAGUACAUUGUAAUAAUUUCAGUAAAGCUAAACCAUUAGCCACUGUAUAGGAGGGGGAACAGGUUUAUCAGUAUCUGGCAAAUUCUGAAUUUUACCGCAUGCAACCCUUACUGUACCAAAUAGUUUUUUGGGUUUUUUACAAAUUGUUUCCCCUUCAAGAAACUGCACAACCAUGACAAUAGUUGCACCCUGUAUUAGUCAGAACUUUGUGGCAUAGCUGAGUGGUGCAUUCAAAAUGAGAAUUCUUCUAAUGAACUCUCUGGCCAUAUCAGUUUUAUUUUAAAAUUGAAUUCUUGAUUCUGAGAGAAUUCUCAUAAAACUUAGAGGAAUCUCCUUUGAAAAACCUCCAGUCAGUUUUUUGACUUAUCAGUCUAGAUAAUGGUGAAUGCCUUGAGUAGUGGUCCUGAAGAACAGUGGGGCUACAUGUACAUUUUAUAAAUGUAAUGCAGUUGGCCAAACUUAUCUUGAGCUAAGCUCACAGCUAAUGGAUUUGAGGGGAAAAGUAGGCAUGCUAAAAAUGGUAAGCAAGUGGACAUAGAGGUUGCAAUUGUAAGAAAAAGGCUGUCAUGAAUUUCACUUAUUUCUCGGCACUCCCACUAAUUUCACUUGCACUUUAUUUCAUGCACCCAACUUUUGCUUGUCUUCCAUAACAGUCUUAAAUUUUUACGUCUCUUCCUACAAACAGCUUGAAGCUUGUCGUAGCUUGAUAUCCACCUUGGAAACAAAAUACCCUGGAAGUGAUUUUCCUUGUCUGAUGAGAGCAUCACUUCUGCACAGAGAGAAACAUUCUGAUAAAGCAAUAGAACUGCUCAAGGUACGUUAUUUUCUUAUGUAAACUCUGAUUUUUCCCAAGGAGGUAAAUUUGAAAGCAAAAAAUCCAAGAAACUUACUGGCAGUCCAUGAGGGGAAGGCAGUAUCCCUGUCUCCAUAAGCGUUGAACUCUACCUCUUGCUAUCAGUGUGCAAACUAGACUGGGUACAAAAAAGUUAAAGUCAUGUUAUGUGAUGUGAAAAGAGUUUUGGUUUGUUGUAGUUGCACAAACUUCCUGACUUUGUACUGGAAUAACAAAGUCUCAGUGCAGACCACUUUGGUGCAUGUUCUUCACACAGAUACACCCUUCUCAAAGUCUUUUGGUCUGACUGUCUUUUUUAGAACUACGCAGACUCUCAUGACGACACUGCUACAAAUGUGAAACUUACAUUAGUGCAGCUCUAUCUGGCACAAGGUUUGUUACUCUUUUGUUGUUCUUUUGUGUUGUGGUCAUCUUGCAGAUAAUUUUACAACAGUAUUAUCAUAAUGAUAAUAAUGAUGAUAAUGAUAAUGAUUAUUGGAAACCUUUCUAGAGAGUAGCUCUUCAUUUACCGAUUGAAAUGAUAUGAUGAAACCUCCAUUAGGGUAUGGGGUGUGUUCAUAAGGAGGUAACAUUCUGAAACCGGCCUGCGUUAUUUUAUCCUGCAGGAAAUGUUUCCACCGCUUGUACAACUCUGCGCUCAAUCAAAGACUUGGCUUAUAAACCAGGCGUGGUGAGUAAUUAAGUUGGCAAGGCAGUGAGUAUACGUUUCAUUCUCUUCAACUGCCGUUGUGUUUAUCUCCAAACCAGGUGUCUGCUCUGGUGACGAUGUAUUCUCAUCUUGGGGACGUCAGUUCUGCAGUUGGUGUCCUUGAUGAUGCUGUUGAGCAUGCUCAGAAGAACAAGGUUAGUAAACGGGAGACUGGAGCGAUUUUAUACUGAGGCAUUUCACUCAACCUAUCCAUAAUGGCCCAUAGCCCUUUGUUCCUAGGGUGACCCUUUAGAAGAGGCCUGUAGAAAGGAGCAACUUUGAAAUUGAGUAUUAGAACUUAUCUAAUAUCCCAUUGGUUUCGCUUAACUUCGCUCUAUGAUUGUAAUAGAAAAUUCGCGCCAUUCUCCCAAACAAUAAGGGCCCAGUUGUUCAAAGGGCAGAUAACGCUAUCCAACGGAUAAAUCGCUAUCCAGCGGACAAGUGUUAACAAAACGUACUGCGCUAUCCAACGGAUGGAAAUUUAUCCAGUGGAUAUCGUUAUCAAACCUUCGAACAACGGAGCCACAUAUACUUGACGUUUUAACUCCCAGAAGCCGUGAUUAGCAUGUAACUUCUUCCUAUAAUAUCCAUACAUUAUCCAGAAAACAUGUAAUGAGAAUACUCAAACUUAUCAGGUAGAAGUUUUUAUUUUGAUUUAACACCAAAUUCUCAUAACUAAUUUUCAAAGAAACGUAUAGAAGCCACAGGGGAGAAUGAACAAUCUGAUCGUGGGAGUUAAAGUCAGUGUGAACUAAAACCAUCGCCACAUAGUCACUGCAUUUCCCGCGCAUUAGACAAUAUGCGUGUGUUUGUUGUUGUUUUCUUUUUUAGUUUUCUUGAACUUCUUGUGAUAUUUUCCGAUGUUACGUUUAGUCGUUGGGACUACUUUGGUUUUAGUUUUACAACACUUAAUCGAAAAGGGCUUCACGGAAUGGGCAACGAAAUGGGCAACGGAAUUGUUUUAUUUUCUAACGCCGCAAUUCUUUUUUUAUAGGCGAUGAUGAGACAGUCUGAGGUUUUGUCCUUGAUGAGAGAAAAUGUGGCAUAUAAACUGCAACAUGGUAAAGCUAAAGAGGCAGUGGACAUGCUGGAGAAAUUGCAUAAGUAUGUCAAAUCUUACCUACUCUUUGCAGAGGUCUGGGAAAGAAAUCGGCCAAGAGCCUCUUCACAUAGUCCCGGGGAACGAAGAGAAUUUUGCAUUAUGUUCACGUAGGAAAUAUCAGCUUGGUUAGUCAGCUGAGAUUUCAGUCGGUGACUGUUUGUGUCAGAAAUUUCAGCUCAGUUACCGCAGUGAAUAAAAGUGGGAUUUUUUUUUUCCGUACCCGAUGCAUGGGAAAAUUUCUCGCCCGGGAUUAAUCAAAGAGACCGGUAAUAAAUCCGGUUGGACGAACUUCUAGAAAGAGGUGUGACGUAACGACAAACAUGACGUCACUAAAGUUGGGGGUGGUUCAGUUGAAUAAACUAUUUAUCAGGGGUAUGGUUGAUCAUGUUCAAUUUUUUGUGGCCAGGGAUCAACAUAGCUUAUAUUGUAUUUGCAGGGAGGAUUCCCGUGAUGUGAAGACAUUAGCUCAACUUAUCAAAGCUUAUUCUCGAUUGAAUCCUCAGAAGGCAGAGUAGUAUCCUUUCUUGUGAUCUUCACAUCCCUAACAGAGCUUUGAAAUUAAAACUUCACUGCAGUACGUUCAGCGUAAUUAGUUCAGCUGACUGUACGUCAGACAACUGUCUCCAAGACCGCCUAAGUCUCCAGUCUCAAUACUCGAUUGGGUAAACGGUAAACAGUAAGACGCAUUGUUAUACUGUGACCAUGCUGUCGCAAUUGUCUGAACAGUGCUUAAGAGUGUUUUUGCUGACAGUUUACAGCCCCAGUUCCUCAGCUAAGUUCGGUAUGCAAUUCAAAAUAAAUCGGCGCAAAAAUGGAUUGGGCGCCACGCAUUUUCAGAGAACAAGGCGGUAUGGAGCAAUUUUCAAUUGAGUGCAAAAGUGAGAAAUUGUUUGCAUUAGUUUUGCUUACCUGUGAUCUCUGAUUGGUCCAGAAAAUUGGCGCCGCUCACGCAUCCAAUCAAAUGCAGAACUAAAGCCAAUCGCGACUUAGUCACCCGCGUUUUCCCGAGCUUAGGGCUGCUUUCUUUUCUUUUUUUUUUAAUUUUACUUCGAGCUCUUUUUUUUGCACCUUUUGGCAUUUUCCUGUGUUCUGAUAAGCUGUUGUGAUAACUUUGGUUUUGGUUUUACCGGCGAUACUAAAUCUCUUCUGAUAUCUUUCGACUCGCGCGAUUUACUAACGUUGGGAGGAAGAUUACCAGUAGUCUAGUUGAUCAUUACAUGCGCAUGUAACUAAAUUGCUCGAAGAUACUGAAUAUAAAUUUAAAGUAGGUUUUUAUUUUUUGUUUUCGACUCGACAUUAUUGAGAGAGAGAUUACUUGUAGUGUUGUUGCCGAGUGAUCAAUAACUAAAUUAUUUAGGUACACUGUGCAUAGAAUUAAAAGAGGGUAACGCUUCAUUACUUCCUUCAAGGAUGAAGCUGUGUUGUUCUGUGCUGCCCUGUGCUGUUCUGCACUGUUCUGUGUUGUUCUGUACUGUUCUGUGUUGUUCCGUGCUGUAAGACGACGGCCCGCAGCGACAGUUCAGAGCUCAACCGUUUAACUUCGUUUUCAUCAGAGCAGAAAACCUGGCUGCUUUUCCAAUUUUUCCAAAAUUCCGUCAUUUUACCAUAGUGUUCCGAUGGUUUCCUUCGAGAGCUCGAAAAGUUUUCACAUGGGUGCAUUUCUUUCAGCUCUGUCGUUUGCACUUCCGAUUGCAUGAUAGAGUCAAACCUCGUCGGUGCUUCUUGCAAGGUUGUCUGCAAGGUCCUGCUAAAACUAGGUUAUUCCACAACCCCGUAAAUCCUCUCAAGAGAAGAUCAAAUGACAGCACAGCUUAAUUUCAGUUACCUUUCCUCAACUGCAUGUCCAAUACAGUUACAGUGAAAAACUCAAGCCGCUGGACACGCAGGCUCAGAGUUCAUCUAUAAACGUGGAGGAGUUGGAGAUGUCGCUGAGUACCAUGGGAUCUCGAUACGGUCGGGCAAGAAUGAAACAAGAGGGUGGCGAUACAGAAAUGGUGGAUUUGACGUAAGUAAUGAGGCGUCUCAAUUUCUGUCUAUAACCAGAGCUUAUUCUCAAUUUCUCUAUGCAACUUCUCGGCAAAACAAAAUGCAACAACAAUACUUACUGAGAACUGAUGAUAGUUGUUAGGUCGAAAACAGUCCUGAUUUAACCUUAUCUCGCAUCAAACAACCAAAGUCCUUUUUCAUUGAAUAUCAACUAUAUACGUCUUUUUAUUGCUAUUUUACAGGAAAGAAAGUUUCGUAAAAAGACGGAAGAGAAAGCGGAAGAGAGGUAUACUGAUACACGUUUUGUACUCGAUACUGACAGAAAGGCAACACUUGCCCUAUGAGUGAUCAGGAAGGUUAUAUGGCUCACUGUUUUGUUGAAUGUUAGUGCAACGAAAGGAUCUGACUCGGUUUUUUUUUUCUUUUUGUCAUCAAUAAUCAACACUCAGUGUAUUUUUAUCCUCCCUAUUUCUUCUUCAUUCACUCUUUCCGUUUGGUUUGAAUGUUUCUACUGGUUACCCAGGUAAACUACCGAAAAACUACAACGCCGAGGUCGAUCCAGAUCCCGAACGCUGGAUACCGAAAAGAGAACGGACGUACUACAAGGGUAAAAGGCAGAAGAAGGGUGCCUCAGUAGGUAGGUUGCCUGUGGCUUGUUUGUCUUCAGAACGAAAAGAAAAAAUAAGCUAACGGGUUUGCACUGGUGACUUUGUAUGGGAUAUUGAAGGUGAACGAGAGCGUCAAAGAUCGUUAACAUUUUUCUCUGGAUUACCCGUUUCUCUGCGUUGGUUUGGAAGCAGAGGGUGUAAUGGCGUCACCAGUCCUUGAGCGGCAUUUUCACCGGAAAGUUCAAAGAUUUCCUGGGCAGCUGGGACGGAAGCAUAUGAAACAUUUUUGUUCUACUACAUUUCCUUGUUCAAAAGCUGACUGACCAGAUUUUCAGACUAAUGAACUACAAGGUUUCUAACUCAACCCUUCACACCCUCACAUCAGUAGAUAUAUUCUCCAUACUUUUCUCAAUACAUUUCCUAAGGUGCUGACAAGGAGAAUUUGUCUAACAAUCUAGAGCUUCUAUCAUUGGUGAUCAUCUCAUUUUUUCUUGUGACUUUUAUGUGUGAUUUGGGGGGUGAUGUUGUAAGGAGAAAUUAGAUGCUAAUCACUCUUAAGGGUUAAAGGGUUAAGUAAGUAUCCGACAAUUUUUCCUUUGACAAGUGCAAACUUAUUAGCGUUGCUAGAUGUAAUUUGCAUUUGGGGAUAGCUGAAUGAUGUCUGCCUAUAUCACGAACUUUUAUGAGCAACACCAAACAAUUAUUAUAUAUUUGCCAUCCAAUCUAUGGCUUUCUUGCAAACGAAAGCUGACAACAGUCGCUGAGGACCGCCCAGUACAGCUUAUACACUUUGAGUUUUCGCGAUCGAACUGCAACGGUUUGCGACUAAAUUUUGCGAAGUGUUCAAAGGUGAAAUGAAAGUGUUCAAGCCUGCGCAUGCGUCUUUCGGCUUUUUCUGGCGAUGUCAGAACCAAGUCCAUGCUGUGGUUAUACCACUGUGUUGUGGGGCUCGAGGGAAAUUUGAAGGACACUGUCUUAUAGUUUUCUCCGCUCAAAUUGUUUUUCCGUUUUCCCCUUCCCCAAUCUGGGUAUAUAUUCAUUCCACGCACUGGUUUGUUAAUGUUGUGUCGACGGGUGACCGAAGAUAGGCUUCGCUCAGUUGCCUAGUGAUCCUUUUGUUACUGGGGUCAGUGAAUACUGCCCUUCUCUGUCACAACCUUUACUCCUUCUACCCCCUAACGUUGUUGCCAGUGCUGUGCACACAGCUGUAAGUAAUAUUUGAUUUUUGCUGUGUAUGACAGGCAAAGGAACACAAGGUGCUGCAGCUCCCUCAGACGCGUAAGUUCCACGCUCAAUGCUUUAAUUAUUUUUAAGAGAUGAAAGGAAAUACGGAAACAAAAGACUGAUAUCAUGCCAUGCAAUCACAAAAUAGAUCCUCAUUUGCAAUGGGUGGCCAAGAGUUAAAGCCUUCAUUUCGCUCAAAAGCCUCGUGGAAAGUCAAUAACAUUACCAUAUAAAUUGGGGUGUUUAUUGUUCAGACUUCAAAGGUUUUUUUUUAAUAAUGGUUUGUUUCAGCCUCAAAUAAUGUUUUUUUUUCUAUUUGAAAAAGUUACAGACAGUGGGUUGGAAUAUCUGUAAAACGGAAAAGUUUUGCACAGAUUGUGAUCAGCUCUCUGAUAAAAUAUUUUUCACUAGUUACUAUGUGAACUAAGAUUGAUCGAUGCUUUGAGGAUCAUUUUUUUCAACGGUAAAUUUUGAUAAAGAGGAAGUUAUUUUCAAAAGUCAAAGCAGCAACUUAAUUAUUUUGCGCCAUACUGAAUUACCCAAAUGAUCAUGCAGACAAUCUUCUUGUAAUACUGUAAAACGACGCUGGUUACCUCCCUAAAAUUUAAGCGGGAUCCACGGACAGUCUAAAGAUACAGUGGUAAAACAAGAAGAUUCAUCCGUUUGAGUCAAACUAUCUCAAAUAGAUGAAGGGAGUAAGUCUCUAAAGAAACUGUGGUGCUGCGUCGGUGGGAGAGUAUAGAGCGCUAACGCUCGAGACGUCAGCCUUUAACUCUUUACGGUGGCCAAUUUUCGUUUUCAACUCAGUCGUUAAAACUAAAUUACCUGCUAUCUCAAAUAGGUUCACGGAAACCUUGCCCAACAGUCACUAGACAAGGUUUCAGCAUUAAGUGAACUAGUCUAAAGGUUGUUGAACAGCUUUGGUUCUUUCAUUAAUCAACUGCUAUAUUUUGUUUUUUCUUUCCUUCUUCUGUGGUUCAUUCAAUUGGUUUUAUCUUUCUUUCUUUCUUCUGUAGUUCAUCCAGUCCUAAAACACCCGGUAGUCCUAAGCCCGCUUCUCCUCCUGGUACCCCCUCUGCGUCUGGUAGUACCGCGAACGUAGUGCCGCCUCGGCAACAGCAGCCCCAGGCUGCCAAGAAGAAACAGCGAACCAAGAAAAAGAAAGGAGGCUGGUAACGAUCGAAGGACUGAAGAGACUUAAUAUUGAUGAUUUGAAUGAACGUUCUAGUUUGUAAGACAUUUCCUGAGAAACUGCUCGCAAAUGUUUUAUACGAAGCAAAAGAAAGCCUCGGAAACUAAUGCAUACGAAGAAAGCAACGUGUGUCAUUCAGGUAAAGCCGCCAUUUACUGCGGAUGAGAAUAACAAAUAAAAGCCUUAUUGAAACU